AUGGAAGAAGGGGGCCAGCAAAAAGGGAUCACGGCUGCAUUUCCUCCUCCACCUCCGUUUUGGAAGAAAUUUACCCCUGAAAAUCUAGAAAGGCUCGAGAAAGCAAAGAGAGAGGCCGAACCGCAAGCUCUGAGCCGCAAAUGGAGCCCCGAAGCUCUGCAUGCUCUCAAACUUGCCCCGGAGCUUCGUUAUCUUGUGCCACCAGAGCUCCCGAAAGAAGGCUCAUACUCCCUCUUUGGCGAGGCGCAAUCGCUGUCCACUCAACUACCAUCGCUUGAAGAACAAGGAAUUGAACAACUCUAUCCGUCUAGUCUUACAAAUGAAACGGCCGGCCCAUCGCCAGAUCACGCUUAUUAUCUUUUGAAAAUCAGCAAAUCCCUCUUACUUAACUUCCUAGAAUUGGUGGGCAUCCUGUCGAUUAACCCCGAACAAUACGAGCCAAAGAUUGAAGAUAUUAGGAAUCUGUUUAUUAACGCACACCAUUUACUGAAUUUGUAUCGGCCUCACCAAUCCCGAGAGUCACUUAUUACGAUGAUGGAAGAGCAACUAGAGCAGGCGAAGGAGGAGAUCCGAGAAAUGGAACAGACGAAGGAGCGCGUGGAGAUAUAUCUCAGAGAGCUGGAAGCAGAGGGACGUAACGUAUCGCCGAAUGAUGAGCCGGUCCAGACCCCGGAGUCAGGACCGCACAAUACUAAAACACAGACAUCAGAAAGCCAAGCAAAUGGCGAACAAGUACUGUGGAAGCUCCUGGAUAAAGUCGAAGAAAGCUGAACCUAUCUCUGAGAUAUUCCGGCUCUCAUUUUUUUUCCAGCCGUUAUGGGCCGCUCUAACCCAGCCAUUUGCGCCACGCAAGCCCAACAGUUUAAGUCGCUUUUGGUGGGCAAAAUGAAGCACCGUCAACAUGACCCAUCGAUAUCAACCGUGUACCGCCCCAGGCUCAUAUUUUCCCGAUCCUUUCGGUAUGCGCUCGCUUGGGUCACACGAAUGUCGCCUCCUGGGUGAAGAGAGAUUCAAUCCGUCGCCGCGAGCGUCAUUGCAGGCUCAAAUAUUCUCUAUUCGAUCUACCUGAUUACGUACUCCAUAUGCAUGAGAGCAAUCUACACGCUCCACAUAUCCAUAUCUUUUUUUCGAGCCACGUACUCCAAACUUCCAUACACUCCAUACUCUAUUCGUCACCUUGGGAUUAGGGCAAACCCUACUGGUGAUUAGUCAGCAAAUUUAGUACAGUUUCGGAACCUAAUUCAAAUUCGAAAACCAAAAACAAACGGGACUUCAUUUCUUUUCCCACUCCAACGCCAACCCGAUCCCGACCAUGAUUGCGAAGCCAGGAAAUAGGAAGGUCGGACCAGUUGAGCUGGGCACUGUCCUCCUGUGAUCCA